AUGACGUCGCCGUGCAUGGAAAAUGGAAAAUGUAAAAAAAACUUCCCAAAGCCGCAUACGAAUGACACGAUCACGGAUAUUGAUGGUUAUCCAAAGUAUCGCCGCAGAAGUACUGAGAAUGGUGGCCAUACAUUUACAAUGCGACUGCCGAACUUUCCAAAUCAAGUUGAGUUUGAUAAUCAGUGGGUGGUACCAUACUCACCACUACUUUCAAAAACUUACAAAGCUCAUAUCAAUGUAGAGCUUUGCAGUUCUGUUGAAUCAAUUAAGUAUAUUUGUAAAUAUGUAAACAAAGGCAGUGAUUUGGCCAUAUUUGAGGUACAAAACAUAAAUAAAAAUGACGAAAUAGCACGAUACCAAAUGGGCAGAUACAUUAGCAGCAAUGAAGCUAUUUGGCAUAUUCUCAGCUUUCCCAUCCACGAAAGAGAUCCUGCUGUCCAACAUCUGGCAAUACAUCUUGAAAACGGUCAACGUGUAUACUUCAAUGGAGAAAAUGUUCUCCGAAGAGCGUUCGAAGCUCCGAAAACGACUCUAACUGAAUUUUUUACAUUGUGUCAAAAACCUGAUGUUUUUGGCCAAUUCGCGAAGACAUUGGUGUAUGGUGAUGUUCCACGUUAUUUCACAUGGAACAAAUCCAGUAAAAAAUGGGAGCCACGGAAACAAGGAAAACCACAUCCUUCCAUUACAGGCAUAUUCAAAGCUAAGACAUUGGGGAGACUUUACACGGUACAUCCAAAGCAACGUGAGUGCUUCUAUUUACGUUUGUUAUUGGUGAAUGUUCCCGGACCAACGUCUUUUGAAUUUUUACGAACAGUUAAUGGUCGAGUAUUUAAUACAUACCAGGAUGCAUGUCGUGAACUGCAAUUGCUAGAAGACGAUAACCAUUGGGACUUAACGCUUGCUGAUGCUGCGUUGACAUCAACACCGAAUAACAUUCGUCAGUUGUUUGCAAUUAUUUUGACGACAUGUUAUCCCUCGCAAGCACAAACUUUGUGGGAAAAAUAUAAAAAUUGUAUGACAGAAGACAUCUUGCACCGAAUAAGACAAACAAAUCAAUGCCAAAACAUAGAUUAUACACCAGAGAUGUACAAUGAAGCAUUGGUCUUGAUCGAGGAUUUAUGUGUUCUUAUUUCAAAUUUACCACUUAAUCAUUAUGGUAUGCCAUCACCUAAUCGUCCAGCCACCGACUUAGUCAAUACCGAUUUACAACGAGAAAAUCAAUAUGACCAUGGAAGUUUAGCAACAAUUAUCAUGAACAGUGAACCAUUACUGACAGCAGAACAAAAAAUUAUUUAUGAUCGGAUUAUGCUGGCUGUUGCUGCUGAACAAGGUGGUUUUUUUUUCUUGGAUGCACCCGGUGGAACCGGUAAGACAUUUUUAAUAUCGUUGAUUCUUGCCAAAAUACGGUCGCAACAAAAAAUCGCAUUAGCAGUAGCAUCGUCAGGCAUUGCGGCUAUUUUACUGGAUGGUGGGCGAACAGUACAUUCAACAUUCAAGCUGCCAUUCGACGUUUAUAAUAAACCAGAUGCAAUGUGUAACAUCAAAAAGAAUAGUGGAAUAGCUGCAGUGUUGCGGAAGAGUUCUAUAAUAAUUUGGGAUGAGUGCACAAUGGCACACAAAUAUUCACUAGAAGCAUUAAACAGAACUAUGCAAGAUUUGAACAGCAAUAAUAAACUUUUCGGUGGUGCUAUCUUACUUUUGUCUGGUGACUUCCGGCAGACCUUACCGGUUAUACCUCACUCUACUUUCGCGGAUGAGAUUAAUGCAUGUUUGAAACAUUCUUAUGGCGAAGUGUUGAAACACUUCGAUUGA